UUAACAUUGCAGGACAGGAUGGUCUAUCAUGAUUCGACGUUCACUUAUCUGCUCUUGAAAUGGUUGCUGUUGCAGUCUAUACAGAAAGUGCAGGGUUUCUGCUAGUUUCACUUGUUGCGCAUGUGUUAUUUUCAGCUGCAACAUGGUUGCGUGGCUUCUUCCAAUGCACUUAGUUUAAUGUCGGCGCUUCACCUGCCGUAAUGUUGGCUGCUUUUAGUUAAUAGGGUUCGUGUAUUUAUCCAGAUACUGUUGCAAAAGGCAGCACUAAUUAUUACGUGUGUUGCUUAGUCUUUUUUUCUUGUAAUUGAAGGCAAUAACUAAUUGUUUUUUCAAAAUUCUCGACAUUUACAGUGAAUAAAUUACAUAGUUUUCAUUCUUUUUUUUAUUUUUAUCAAUCUAACUUUUUAUGAAUGGGACUCAGUGCUGCACACAUUUUUAGAAUAUUUUCAUGAAAAAAAUGAUUAGCUCAAAGAAUAAAAUCAAUUAUGGUGUGAGUUGUUAUAACUCACCAUAUGUUGAACCUGACAUAAUACAUAGUUGUUUUCUAAUUGACUAGGCAGUUUUUAGAUAGCUUAAAUAAAGAAAGUAAUUGCAAUGUAAAUUGCCUGGCGUGAGCGGUUAAGACUUACUGGACAGUAACUCGUUUUUUUAUAAUCGGUAAUAUUAUUAUAAGUUGGGCGGUCGAUUCGCGAGUAUAAACGGCGAUCAGUGCACACAGGUGUGUCUACGCCUGUUUUGGGGGCUUUAUUCUUUGAGAAACUCUCUCCAUUGACGGUCGUGACGCAGAUGAUUGAGAGCAAAGCUGGAGACUCGAAUAUGAACUCGUGGGGACAGAAAGCGGCGCUUCUUCACAUAUUCUAUUACCUACUGCUGAUCUGGACCAAAGAAAUUAGUGCUUUAGUAGAUUUCUCAGGUUACUUGUCCAGAAUAUUGCAAAAUCACUCUGCCCAUGCCUGUGAGGGUGAACAGUUGAAUCUGCAGUGCCCAAGACAUUCAACCGUCAGUGUACUGUCAGCAUUUUAUGGACGCAAUGAACCUAGUUCCCACAUGUGUCCAAAUAAUUCAAGACCUGUUGAAACAGAGGAGAAUCAAAAUUGCUCAUCAUUUACUGCAUUGCAGAAAGUGCUGGCUGAAUGCCAGGCUCGCCGUGCCUGCCAGCUUCCUGUCAAUAACAAUGUUUUUGGGCUUGACCCUUGUCCAGGCGUAACUAAAUACCUUCUUGUCUCAUAUAAAUGCAAACCAACUGAACACAGAACCAAAGUAGGAUGUGAAGGGGGACAGUUGGAAUUGCAGUGUAAGGAUCCUACAGUCAUUAACAUCUACUCGGCAGUCUAUGGUAGAUGGCAGGAUGAGAAUGAGGUCUGCUCCUUGGAUGGCAAAUUACCACAGUUUGAAUGUUUAUUCCAUGGAGCUGUGGAGUUUGUAUCAAAGAUGUGCUAUGCCAAACAGAGAUGUAAUAUAAUGGUCAACAACCACCAUUUCAAAGACCCAUGCUUACCUGGAGUUAGAAAGUACCUCAGAAUAAUCUACAAGUGUGUUCCAGAGACUUUACUCAAAGAAGUAGAUCUGAGUUUGUCAAAGCUGAUCCCUUCUCUGAAACAAAAUCAUGAGAAUGGGAUAAUUUUGCAACCAAAAGGAUCAAGACUUCCAGACAAUAACAGUAUUCUUGUCAGCAACUCUCUGGCUGUGUAUGCCUAUAUUAAAGAUCACCCAGAAAGGACUGCCGUGCUGUUUGUUUGUAGUGUCUGUAUGGGCCUGUUCGUCACCUUGUGUGCACUGGUGUUCCGAGUGUCCUGCAGGAAGGAGCUCCAGACUCAUUGUCGUGGGAGAUUACUGCACAGCAGAGACUCUAAAUGGGAAGAAGAUACUAAUGACACUAACAAUGAUGGAUCAUCAGACUCCUGCGAUAUGAAUGCCAUCUUCAAAACUGCAGCCAUCGAUCUGGACCCAGCAGAGGAAGCCGAACUGGCAGAAAGAAUAGAAAGACGGGAACAAAUAAUCCAAGAGAUCUGGAUGAACAGCUGCUUAGAUGGGACAAUAAUCAGAAGUAUAAACCAGUAUUAUUGAACACUGGGACUGUAAAAACUUUUGAUUUGUUUUCAAAUUUAUUAUUAUUAUUAUUAUUAUUAAUUAUUAUUAUUAUUAUUUAUAUACCCUUUAGACCCUGGGCACUUUUUGACGAUCCCUGCAGAUUCUUGGAAAUUUUUGCAGGAUUGUCUAUGAUAUUUUGAAAUUAGCAUAAAAACAGCCUAUUUAUUUUAUUUAUUUGUAGAAUGAGAAACUGUUCUUUCAAGCAAAAUUUAGCUUGGUGGUUAUGCAUACUUUUGUAAAAACAAAAAACAAAACCAAAAACUGUUUUGAUAAACUGUCCUUCUGUAACUCCCAAAAUAGAUUGCAUGAAAACAUAACAUGUCUGUAAUAUCCUUUUCCAGGUUAUAGUGUACAGUAGGUCUCUCCAUCUGCUGUCCUUAUGAUGGGGUAUAGAGACCCCAGUGAAUUUUAAGGGGUAAUAUGCUGGCCUGCUUCUGUGAGACUCUGGGGGAUCACAAGUAUUACUGUGCUGGCCUCAUACUGGCUGCUAGUGGACAGAGGUCAACCUAACAAAUAGGCAGAAAUGCUUGAGAGUUCCAGAAGAGAAUAGCAUUGGGUCGAUUUGCGGUGCACUGCACGCAGACCUAUGAGCUUCAAACCUGACCCUAGCCAAUACCAUUGUUUUUCACCUUUUACUAAGACUGAAUUCACAAAACAAAUUACCACUAAUGACCAUCAUUGGUCAGUGGUCUUCACUGCCUGGGUGCCACUGCAAGUAACUGUUGUAAAGGUGCAUGGCCUCCUUAACCGAGGACUGAUCCCCAGCCUCUAGGUCCAGCGUUCUGCCCCAUGCCAUAAAAGCAAGUUUCCAUUUACAUAAAGGUUUUUAUGAGAUCUACGUUCUAAACCCUAGAAUAUUGCUAGCAGUGUUUUGUAUUCUGAGCUUGCAAACGACAUUCACAGCAAGAACGUGCCUAUUUAUUCACAGAGAGAUGGCAAGAAGGCUUCAACAUGUUGAAAGAGGGAAGAAGCUUGCUGUAGCUGGAAGUAUUAAUCCAGGAAUGCCAAAAAAAAAAAAAACUGUGCUACCUCAGCCUGCUAAAUCUCAUUUGAGAUGGGAAUGAGAGUGUCAUUCACAGUGGAUGAAAUCACAUACCAUGUGAAUAAGCAUAAUCUUGUUUUUGACACUGCAGCUUUAAAAUUACAUUUCUAUCUUGUAUGUUUAUAAAUGUUUAAUGGCUCUAAUCAAGUUGACAGUGUCAUUCUUUGCUGUGUAAGACCUGUGAGCAAAACAAAAAGUGCGAAACACUUACACGUACUAUAAGUUAUUAAAUGAAAAUAUAUUCAGACGAUGUAUUUAAUCAGUUUAUAACCUGUUGCAGUUCAAACAUUUAGAAUGCUUUGUCACUGACAUUGAGUGCAUGAUCAACACUCUUGCUGUUACGUUUAAGUAUUUUAUGUUUAAGUGUUAUUGUCUCUUGUUAUGCCACAUAAAAAAAAUAUAGAAAAUGAGUGAUCAGCCAAAUUAGUAGAAACAAUUGGGCAACCUUGAC